UACACUUCCGGUCAACUGUCAAAUCUCAUGAUUGAUAAAAUUAUCAGUUUAUCAUAUUCACCAUCGGUUCAAGAUACCAAAUUCAUUUUUCAAAAUACUCAGAACCAUGGCUGAAAUUGAUGAAUUAGAUGUUAAUCCUUUCUUUAGUUCGUUACAGACUACACAUAAAAACCUGUAUAAAGAAGUUCAAGACAAUGGUUACAUACUGUGUGUUCCACAGACAACAUCGCUGGUGGAGUCUACAUUUUCUGUCAAAUUUAUAGCAAGUCAUAUUUUAAAGCCAUCCCCAUACUUCAAAGGAGAAUAUUUUUUGUUGUCCAGUGAUAAAAUGUCAGUUCAUCUAGAUGAAAAAAGAAAAGAAUUUGUAACUGGUGAAGGUUAUGAAGGAAAACAUCAUAUCAAAAUAAUCAAUGAAGAACAGGGAUACAGUCAGGAUUACAAACCAUUUAGAAUUCUAGUUAUAGAGAAACCUUUUGAUUCAAUGUAUAUGACAUCCAAUAACAAGAAACAAAAUAGUAUUGAAACACCCCCACAGAAGAUUACUUUUGCAGAGUGUAAAGAGUUCUUGCAAUCUUUUGGUGAAUAUAAAAUGAUUUUGCGACAUUUAGAAGACAGUGUCAAUCAAUUCAAUACAAGUUACAUGGUUUUAGAAGAUUAUUUAGACGAUGCUUUGGAAAAACUUCAAUCCAUAGCUUCUAGUGCUACUGAGAAAUGUUUCAAAUGUAGUAAACACAAACUUUGGCAAGACAUGUCAUUUAGAGAUGACCUCAGUUCCUGUAUAGAAAGUUAUAUAAUGGGAAAUGUUCACCAGACUAUGUUCAAAGUUCUUCACAAGAAAUUUGCUACAGAUGAUGAAAAAUUAUUAAAGAAAUGUAAACAAUUACAAGAUGUCAAAGUGGAACAGCUUGGUGUACCGCCAGAGUUCUCCUGUCCUCUACCUUUAGCAGUUGUAGAAAUGGCAAAUCUUGGAGGGCUGAAAACUCCACAUGAAAAAUUGAAUUGUUUAAAGGCCACUGUGGAUCAUAUAACAGGCACUAUACAGAAUUUUAUAAUAGAUAACCAACCACCUGGACUUACAGAUUUACCAGUAAUAACUUCAGAUGAUCUCAUUCCAUUACUUGUAUCUGUCAUUGCUCAAUCCAAAUGUAUAGACUUAUCCAGUAACAUGUUUUAUAUGGAAUUUUUCCACUGGACCACUCCAACUAAUGAUAGAGACAACUUAAGUUACUGUAUGGUCACUGUGAAGGCAGCUGUAGAAUAUAUGAAGAAUGCAAACUUUGAUCAUUUACAGAAUCCUAAAUCAAAGGUUCAGAAAGAGAUCAGUAUAGAUGAAUUAAUGAAAAGAACUAGGGAUACUUCUUUAAAAGAUGACAUAAGAAAUGUAAAAGUAGAAACGGUUCAGGAGAGAUUCAGGAAGAACUCCAGUAGUAACAUUGAUAAUAAACUAGAUUCCAUAUCAAAAGUUCUGGAGGAAUCAUCUCAAGAAUGGGCACAAACAAAGCAGAAAGGAGCUAAUAGUAUAUUUGGAGAGAGUUACCAACAGCUAAAGAAGACUGUACCUGAUAUUGUUCCUACUCAGGACCCCCGCCGAAAGAAAGAGCAGUUAGGAGAUUUCUUGAGCUCAUUACAAGAUGACCCAUUUGAUAUGUCAUUUGGAAAACAGUCAUGACAGUUUUUGACCUAAUAGAAAAGCAAUCUGUGAAAAUAACUGUUUUUUUUUUAUGCAAGUUAUAUGCAAUGAAUAAUUUUUAUGACACAUUUUUUGUAAUAUGUGCAUAUGUAGUGAUUUUCAUUCAAAUUUUAAAAUUGCUAUAUUGGUUUUAACUUAUGUUAAAACAUUUAAUUUUCACAAAAUAUCUAUGUAUUAUUUUUGAAUAAUUAGCUUGUCAUCAAGGUAAUGAAAUUUGGCAGGUGAUUUACUUUAAUUUCUUUAAUUCUUAGCCAAUUUAAACUUUCGGCUGCCAGUUGAUUUUAUUUUUAUAAUCAUGGUUAGAUUCAUUUGAUCUCAUUUGAUUCUGAAUUGGCCAAUAUUCAAUUAUGAAGUCAAAUUUUCAUGCUUUCCUCUGAUGUAGCUUUUGUGACUUCACCAAAAAGUCUAAAGGGAGUUCUCUUACGGUUGUGACCUUUUAUCUAUGUCCCAGUGGACUUGUUUUCAGGUGCAAAAGACAAGAAUAAUAUUUCUCUGACUUUUUCUUUUUUUUACACAAAAGAUAAUUUUUACCAUAAAAAGGAUUGUUUACUAUUAUAUUGCAAUUAAAUAGCAAGAGUUGAUAUCAAGCAAUAUUAUAUAUGGUUUGAUGUUUCUUGUUUCUCAUUGGUUUAUUUGAUCAUGUGUUUCCCAAAUUGAAUAUAUUUUGUAUUUUUUAACUAUUUUGACAUAUUGACUCGACGUUACUUCUUUUAAAAAUGAUAUUGGCGCCAUGUUACUAAAAAUAGUAACAUCGAGUCAAUAUCAUUUCCCAAAAUAGUAACAUCGAGUCAAUAUCAUUUUCAAACUUACACUAUUUACAUAUGUAAUAUAUAAAUUAAGGACUUACACUCAGUCAAUACGUUAUAUAUGUACCUGUUAGAUUAUAUUGAACCUCGGUCAAUAUAUUCUGAACAGGUCCAUAUAUAACGUAUUGACCUCGUCAAAAGUCCAUAAUUGAUAAAUAUUCAAUUCUCACUUAUUGUGAAACCUAUAAUUAUAUUGCUUGAUACUGACAUAAUGUAUUUGUCAGUUUAUAAAGAUCUCUUGCAUAAGUUAUUCAUAACGGGUCAGUAUCCAUAAAUAUAUAGGAUCUUUUAAGUUUUUUAGUCAAAUAUUGGUGGUAGCAUUUUGUUUUUAAAUCAUUUAUGUUAAAUCUUACAUAUGAUUAUAUUUAAUGAUCACUUGUUUUUACAACUGGUAAUAUAUUGAUAUUUACUUAUAAUUUGCUUUAUUUGUUAAGUUUAGUAUUAGAAUAGUUGUCACAAAUAAAAAUGUUGAGAAAUAG